AUGGGAUCAGAAACCACGAUCACCAGUGAAAGUAGUAGGAGAGAUUUAUACUCCUCAGCGGUCUCCUUCUUAAAGGAUUCAAGCGUGAAAGAUGCUCCACUUUCUAAAAAAAUUGAAUUCUUACAAAAUAAAGGUCUCAAUAAUGAUGAAAUUGAACUUGCAUUGAGAGAUUCUCGGGAUUCUAAUGGUAUUCCAUUAUCUGUGGGUAAUGACAUUGGCCGUAGGAAAAGAAACGAAAAUGAUGAUGAAGGGAACUCUUCUUCUUCUUAUUAUUAUGAAGCCAUACCACCACCAAUACCUCGUAGGGAUUGGAAAGAUUACUUCGUUAUGGCUACAGCUACUGCAGGAAUUGCUUAUGGGGUAUACGAAUUGACGAGACGUUAUGUGCUUCCCAAUAUCUUACCUGAGUCUAAGACAAAGUUAGAACAAGAUAAAGAAGAAAUCAAGAAUCAAUUUAAUAGAGUUGAUAAAGUGUUGAAUGCUAUUGAACAGGAACAAGCAGAAUUUAAAGAACAUGAGGAAGCCAAGAUGAAUGAAUUGGAUGAUGUGAUAAGGGAUUUGAAUAUGACUGUGGAUAGGACCACUGAGAUGAGGACGAAAAUGGAAGAUGAAUUUAGAAUGUUGAAGUUGGAAAUGUCAAAUUUACAAAAUACCAUAGAUAAAUUUAUUAAAGAUAACGGAAACUCGUCUCAAGUGGAUCAAAUAAACACAGAAAUCGAAUCAUUGAAGAAUUUGAUUAGGAAUAGUAGUAAUUUGCCGCAAGAAUUAAAUGCAUCCCCAAGUCUUGGGGAUAAUAAGAAAUCUCCAUCUACUGGAAUUCCUGGUAUGGAUGCUAUUCCUUCAACUGCUGAGCUUCUAGCCAAAAUGAAUUUUCCAAAUGACUAUUUACCUACUAGUAAUCAUAUCCAGCAAGAGAAUGGAAUCAAUAAAGCUGUUUCUAACGAGAAUAGUAUUCCAGCAUGGAAGAGAAAUAGAGAAGAGUUAAACAUAGAUAGUACAGGAGAAUCAACCCCAGAAUGGCAAAAACAUACAACUCCUAAACCAGUCGAUGUUCCAAAUUGGCAAACUGCAUUAGAGGGAGCUGAACAUCAAGACACAGAUGAGGAAAAGGAAAAGCAAUAA